UUGUGGGCACGAGCUCCUCCCCACGUGUUUUGAAGCAGUCAACACUUCACAGAAACUCAGAUGUGCUAGUCCCCGCGGGCACAGACACCGACCAGAAGCCGCCGUGACACCGACCCGACGCGGAUGAGAUAGCCACCGGUGUCCCGCGAAGUGUGCAGGUUAGGUCCCUGAGAUCUGCUGCCGGCCACUUCUCCUCCUUCCCGUGGUUUGGUUUGUGAGUCCACGGUUGUCAUGAUGGCCAGUGGAGAUGAUGACGACCCCAUUAUAGAAGAGAUCGAUGUUUAUCUCGCCAAAAGUCUGGCCGAAAACCUCUAUCUUCUUCAGUACCCGGUCAGGCCCUCCUCCAUGAACUAUGAUGACGUCAAUCACCUUGGUGCCAAAAUCAAACCGAAACAGCAACGGUUGGAGCUGGAGAUGGCCAUGGACACGAUGAGCCCAAACUACUGCCGCAGUAAAGGAGAACAGAUCGCUCUGAAUGUGGACGGAACCUCAUACGACGAAAGCAACACAUACUCGGUGAAAAUGAUGGACAAACAGACCUUUUCCUCCAUCCAGGCCACCACCAACACGUCUCGAUACGCAGCAGCCGUGUUUAGAAAAGGUGAACUUCACGUCACUCCUUUAACUGGAAUCCUUCAGAUGAGGCCCAGUUUUUCUUACCUGGACAAAGCCGACAACAAAACCAGGGAGAGGGAGGCGGAGAAGGAGGGUGGAGAUUCUUCCCAAGACGAGGCAGAGGAAGAGGCCAAGGCCAUAACGGUGAGGUUUGCUCGCCCUGAGUCGGAGCAGGCGCGUCAGAGGAGGAUCCAGUCGUACGAGUUUCUCCAAAAGAAACAUGCUGAGGAGCCCUGGGUCCACCUGCGGUACCACGGCAUCAAGGAUUCUCGUUCAGAGCAUGAAAGGCAGUAUCUGUAUUGUCAGUCUGUGGACUCUUCUCAAAACUCAGAACUGGUCAAAACUCCAAAAGAGUACUUGGCCAUGCUGAUGCCUCCACAAGCAGAGGAGAAAGUUGUGCAGCCGACUGGUCCCAGUAACGUCCUCUCGAUGGCUCAGCUCCGGACUCUGCCUCUCGCCGAACAGGUCAAGACCCUCAUGAAGAAUGUGAAGUUGAUGCCUUUUGCAAACCUGAUGGGGCUCCUGGCCUCGGGCACAGACUCCACUGCAGUGCUGCGGUGCAUCCAGCAGGUGGCGCUGCUGGUUCAGGGAAACUGGGUCGUCAAGAGUGACGUGUUGUAUCCCAAAAACACCUUCAGCGCUCACAGCGGAGUCCCGGCUGAAGUGCUCUGUCGAGGGAGAGACUUUGUGAUGUGGAGAUUCACAAUGGAGCGCUCCGUCAUGAGGAAGGAAGUGACCUCCGUUAUAAAACUCCCCCCGGAGGACGUGAAGGAGUUCCUGGAGCACGUGGCUGUUCCUCGGGUGAAUCGCGGAUGGGAGUUUUUGCUUCCGACCGACCGAGAGUUUAUAAAGAAACACCCGGAUAUCGCUCACAGGCAGAACAUGCUGUGGAUGGGCAUUCAGAGCAAGUUGGAAAAAGUAUUUAAUUUUUCAAAAGAAGACUUCAUGCCAAAGAACUCUCCCCAACCUGACCCUGUUCAUAUUUCCGGAGAACAGCGCUUAAAAAUGGCCCAGGAUCGCGCUCAGGCCAACCAGUCGACGCUAAAGAAGGAGCUUGCCGCUAAAAAGGUCAUUUGCAAAGAGGAGCCCAUGGACACUACCCCUUACCUCUCAAACGGCUCCAUGAACGGAGACUUUGACCACGCCAACGGUAACGGAGCCGGCCCCCUCGACCCCUCCUCCUCGCCCGAGCUGACGGACUUUGUGAAGAAAAUAUUUAGGAAGUAUUUUGUAUUGACACUGUGUGAGUUUAAGAGACUUUUGGGGCUUCACGUGGCUUCGAUACCGGCCGGGAAGGUGGUGGUGCCGUCCAUGUCCGAUCAUAUGCUUCAGAACACGAUCCUGCAAAAUAACUGCAGACAGAUCCACGUGCCUUUUCCUGCUCAGACCACACUCGCGCCCGACGAACAGAAGGUCUUUUGUUUGUGGGAUUCAGGAGAGGACUCGGACAAGCUUCGUCGCGUCUUGUUCGAGCUCUUUUCUAAAAACUACAGAAUCAAAAGGACCAUGUUACAGGCCAAACUGAGUCAGGAGAUCGGAGAAGUCUCGAAAACAGACAUAGACCGAAUGCUCAAGGAGUGCUGCAUCAGCGCUUCAGGGCAGUGGUACCUCAGAGGGACCUGCCCAUCGUGACACCGAGCCCCCCUCCGGACCACCCUCCCACCCGCAAACCCACAUCAUCAAACGCACCUCUGAACUGUCCAAUCAGAGAGCAGCACGGAGGCCAGACAGCCAAUCAUGACGCUGCUCCGACCGGGCUCACAAAACGCCCGCGCUGGACGAGGAGUUUCUGUCAUUUCAGCUUUCAGGCAUUUUGAAAUUAAGUGUACGGCAGUGACAGAAGAUCAAGACACAUGAAGAACUGGAGACAAAAUCAGGAGAAAAAACGGUUUACGAUUUAAAGUUUCAAAAUUCUACUUUUUCAUGAAGACAAUCUUGACAAACAAUAACAUCACACGGACUUUAAACUUUAAACUAACUCUCAUCUCUCACAACUGAAUAUAAAAGUGGUUUAUUUUCAAUCCGUGUUUCAUUCGUUCAUUUGUUUUUCAAUCUAAAACCAAAAAUAAGAAACGAAAAAACAACAGUUUUCUUUAUUAUUUGUCUCCAAAACCAGAAUGAAAAACAGAUAUUUAUUUGUUUUUUUCAGUUUUUGAUUUUGUGUUUAAAUGAAGAAUGAAAAAAACGGAUAAUGGACGUUUCCCGUUUACGUGACUUAAACUGUGACGCCGGACUGAACCAGGACUGAACCAGGACUGAACCAGGACUGAACCAGGACUGAACCAGGACUGAACUGUUUUCAGUCCCGGUCACAAUCACGGUCUCAGUCCCGGCCUCAGUCCUGGUCCUGUUCCAGGUCUCAGUUCUGGUCCCGGCCUCGGUCCCGGUCUCAGUUGUGGUCCGGUCUCAGUCCCGGUCUGGUCUCAGUCCCAGUCUCAAUCACGGUCUGGUCCCGGCCUCAGUCCCGGUCCUGUUCUGGUCUCAGUUCUGGUCUCGCUCCCGGUCACAGUCUUGGUAUGAAUUUAAACACAAAAUGUAAACUGAAAAAACAAAUCAUUAUCUGUUUUUUCAUUUUGGUUUUGGAGACAA